UAAUAAAUAGGUAACAAAAUGUUGGUCACACGUUACUAACAAGUUGAAUAUAUUCAAUUCUACAUGACACGACGAGGUGUGAAUCCACCUUUAUGGUCGUCCACGAUAGUGAUGAGUGCAGAGUAGUUGUUCGAACCAGGUUCAAUGUGCUUUUAUAAUAUUUUUUUUUUAUUUUUUUAUUUUAUGUCAAAAUACACAAUCUAUAUCAUAAGACACACUAUAAGUAUAUAGGAUAAAGAACAUAUAAUAUGAAUCUUUAUUCUUCAGUGAAACAAUUUAUUGAAAAAUAAAAUAUCUAGAUUAAGAAAGUAUUACUAUUUUGAUUCUUAAGUUAUCCUAUGCAAUCAUAGUAGCUGUAAUUUAAAUAUUAGAUUAGCUUAACACGAAACACCUACGUAACUGUGUAAGUAUAUUGUUAUACCUAUCGUAUAUAUACCGGGCAUCGGCAUAACAAAUACUAUUAUACUAUAAUAUAAUAGUUUUUUGAACAUCUAUUCAUUCAACGAUAUCAACGUUGCUAGUUAAUAUGUACGAUCACUAAAAAAAAAAAUGAGCAUUAUUUUCGUUCAGACGAUUUGCCUAAAACCCGUUAAUAAUGUUCAAUCAGAUUCUUUUUUUCUUUUCAACAAACGGUAUACCAUCUACUGAUUUGAAUACGUGAAUAACAAAAUUAGUUAUCCCUAUAUGGCUAUAUAUAUUAUACACACAUCAUGUGUUUUUUCAAAAAAUUAUCCAGAACUAAUGGAAAAUAUUUCGUUUUUUUUGUGCAAUGUGUUUUGUGUGAGUUGGUAGGCGUAGAUGAGGUAACGGGUCUUUCGAUGGAUAAGUAGACAUAAUGACUUGAUAGGCGCUUACUUAAAAUGAGCAAUAUCGUAUUCAAAUAUCUUGCACAUAUAAAAUAUGCUUCUAAACUAGAAAUAAUCAUUAUAAUUGUGUAAAAAUGUUUGCAGAUUUGAAAUCUUGGCUCGUAUAAUCUAAAUCAUGCCACAAUGUGAUAUUAUUCUGAUAAUAAUAUAGGUAUCAAUUUAAGAACAUUAGUUGGUCUUAUUCAUCAAAAUAACUGGUAAAUAAUGAUUCAAUUGUAAAUAUUUUCCACUAAGUAGCUGGCUACAAUCUAACUAUACUAGCCACAAUAAAAACCAGAAAAAAAAACAAUACUAUUACCUAGUAUUUAUAACUAUUAGACUAACAAACUGUUUUUGAAAUUUGUCAUUAUAUGUUGAGCGCUUGUCUGACGCGAAUCUAAGCAUUCAAAGAAAACUUCAGAUAUGGACGCCACCCAAACAGACUCGAUCAAAUUCGUGGGACUAUCUCAUCGGUCCUUGUUAAUCGCCGCACUGGACUUGGCUGUCCAAGACGUCUGCAGGCCACCGCUGCCAAAAAAACUCGCAGGGAAAUCUCAGUCGUCGCCGGAGUUAACAGUUCUUUCAAUUGUGUACGGCGAAAAGAAUCCUGUUCCACACGUGUCGUCGGAAAUCCCACCCAAGCCUACACGAACAGACUCGAUCAAAUUCGUGGGACUAUCUCAUCGGUCCUUGUUAAUCGCCGCACUGGACUUGGCUGUCCAAGACGUCUGCAGGCCACCGCUGCCAAAAAAACUCGCAGGGAAAUCUCAGUCGUCGCCGGAGUUAACAGUUCUUUCAAUUGUGUACGGCGAAAAGAAUCCUGUUCCACACGUGUCAUCGGAAAUCCCACCCAAGCCUACACGUGGUUCAGCUUGGAAGAGAUCCAGAAGAUGCGUGUGGAAAUGCCUGUGGGAUUUCUUUUGGCACCGGCAAAACAGUCUCCACUCCGCCAUACACGGAAAAUACAUCCGACUCCAUUUUUCAAAAUCGACGUUCGUCGAGUCCAAUGUUUUUGUCAACUCCCUUCAUCGUUAUGAUUGUUAUUCUGCGACUCUUUGAGUUUUUCGUUGAGGACGUUCGAGGUAGUAGCAUACCUAAUUCUCGUACACUAAAACUACGAUAAUUUAAUAAUAUACAUAACAUGUAUUCGUUUGUCAAUGUAACUGUUAAAACUAAAUAAAUAUAAAUAUAUAAAAUAAAUAUUUUA